AUGUCGUCAUAUAGAAAUACAAAGAAAACUUCCCUCAAUGGAGAUGUGGAUCCAUUUAUCGAUGUUUCUGACUCCAGAAGAAGACAGUCCAAAAGGGACGAUGCUAUAAGAAGAAAAAUUGAGAAUGAUUUGAGUAAGAAAAAGAAAAGUGGAACCAGGACAACAAAACAUAAGAAGGGGGUUCCAGGUACGGUGUUAUCGUUGAAACCAUCCGAGCCGAUCAUUUGUAAAACAAGUUCGACGGUUUAUGAAGUGUCGCAAUUGAUGUCAGCAAAGAGAGAAAAUUGUAUAUUGGUUGUGAAUGAUAUUGGGGAAUUAUUGGGUAUUUUUACAGCAAAGGACUUGGCAUUUAGAAUAGUUGGAGCUGGAUUGAGUGCCACUCUGGUGACAAUUGAUCAAAUUAUGACUCCAAACCCAAUGUGUGCUAACUCUAAUACCCCUGCCUCAGAAGCAUUGAAUUUAAUGGUGCAUAAAGGUUUCAGGCACUUGCCAGUUUUGGACGAAAAUAAUCAAAUAGUUGGGGUGUUGGAUAUCACAAAAUGUUACGCCCAGCAGAUGGAAAAAUUAGAAAGAAUGCAUUCUUCUUCCAAAAAGUUAUACGAAGCAUUGGAUAAUGUUCACUCAGAGAUGGGAAUGAUGCAGCAACCUUUACACGUUUUUCAAUAUUUUGAAAACUUGAAAAAUAAAAUGAAUGGGCCUACUUUGGAAAGUGUGUUAGAUGCAACCACUACUCCAGUAUACACCACUGUCAAAACGACUGUGUAUGAUGCCACUGUAUUGAUGAAAGAAAAUAAAACAACUGCAGUGUUAAUAAAAGAUACCAACGAAGAGGUGGCGGGAAUUUUCACCUCCAAAGAUGUUGUAUUAAGGGUUAUCGCUGCUGGGUUAGAUCCAAAGAAAUGUUCAAUCGUUAGAGUGAUGACCCCACAGCCUGAUAUUGCCAAACAAGAUUUAUCUAUUCAAGAAGCGUUGAGACAAAUGUUUGAAGGUCGUUAUUUAAAUUUGCCGAUUGUCGGAAAUGAAAAUGACAUUGUUGGUAUAGUUGACGUUUUGAAAUUGACAUAUGCCACUUUGAACCAAAUCAAACAAACUGAAAGUAAUGAUCUUAUCAACAGCGAUGGAAAAUCUGGUAGUGAAACUGCAAUCAAUAGCGAAGGUCCUGCUUGGAACAAAUUUUGGACUUCUUUGGAUAAUGAAGAUUCAGAUUCUGUCCAUUCAGACUCUGUUACAGGUACCGGAAGUGCUCCUCCUGAUGUGACACCUUCUGAAUUUCAUUCGUUCAACUUUGAUAUCAAACCCUCUGAUUCAAUUUCGCAUACUGAAUCUCCUAAAAAAUCAUCGAAUUUGAACAAUUCUACAUCUGAUUUAUCGUAUACGUUUAAAUUCAAGUCACCUGCAGUAGAGGGACGUGUUCAUCGUAUUUCAUUAAAACCAAGUGAAGGUGUAACUAAAUUAAGAAGCUUAAUGGAUAGCAAAUUGUACGCUAAUGACUUUGAGUUUAUGAGAGUGGUUAAAAAUGAUCAAGAUGGUGAAAGCUAUGCUAUAAGUUAUGUUGACGAUGAAGGUGAUAUUGUUUCAAUCACUUCUGAUACUGAUCUUUUAGACUGUGUCAGAAUCAACCAACAACUUAAUAACGAUAAAGCAGAUUUAUAUAUACAUAAUCCACAUGAAUCUGCACCAGUCAACGAAAUGAAGAACAAAAAACAACCUAAGCAAGAAAAACAAGAAAUCUUGAAGGGAAUACCCAAUGAAGUUUUAAUUCCUGGUGCCUUAGCAGUAUUAGCCACCUCUAUUAUUGUCGGCUUUAUAAUGAGCAAAAAAUAA